UGCUAAGUCAUCGGUCUUAGUCUUCUCUCGGUAUCCCGUGUGGCGGCCAUAUUGUAAAGAAGAGUUUCGAGAUCUAGUGUUCUUUGAAGAAAAAAUAAGGGCAACGUUUUAGACUAUGAGCUCUAUAGGAACCGGGUAUGACUUGUCUGCAUCUCAGUUUUCUCCUGAUGGAAGAGUAUUUCAAGUGGAAUAUGCUGUAAAGGCAGUGGAGAAUAGUGGAACUAUUGUUGGCAUCAGAGGAAAGGAUGGGGUUGUGUUUGGUGUUGAAAAGCUUGUCCUUUCAAAAUUGUACGAAUAUGGUGCAAACAAAAGAAUCAUACAUAUAGACAGUCACAUUGGAAUGGCUGUGGCAGGAUUGAUAGCUGAUGCAAGACAAAUUGUUAGUGUUGCCAGAGAAGAAGCUGCCAAUUACAGAUCAACUUAUGGAUCUCCAAUACCUUUGAAAUACCUUGUUGAUAGAGUGUCAGGUUACAUUCAUGCUCACACAUUGUACAGUGCUGUUAGACCAUUUGGUUGUAGUGUUCUGUUAAGUUCCCAUGGACCUGAUGGACCAGAGCUCUUUAUGAUAGACCCCUCAGGAGUAUCAUGGGGGUUCCAUGGCUGUGCUGUUGGGAAGGCAAAGCAAGCUGCAAAAACAGAAAUCGAAAAACUUAAGAUGAAAGAUAUGACAUGUGAAGAAUUAGUGAAAGAAGUUGCUAAAAUAAUAUAUGUUGUACAUGAUGAAGUCAAGGACAAAAACUUUGAACUGGAGUUAAGCUGGAUAGGAGAAGUUACCAAUGGUAAACAUGAGUGGGUACCCAAAGAUAUCGCACAAGCGGCUGAAAAAUACGCGAAGGAAUCACUUGAAGAGGAAUCCAGCUCAGAAGAUGAAGAUUGAGAUAUCAAGAUCCUUGUUCUGUUCGUUUAAUUCGUACUGCAGUAGUGACGUGAUUUCCCAGCAACAGAAGAGCGCUCAAGACGUUAACGGGACUUCGUCGUCGCGUUUGCCAGUUUAUGUCAAAUUUUAUGUUUGUAACAUAUUUUGUAGUAUUUUCAAUCUCAGAAUAAACGUUUGAAUAACG